AAUGGAGAGUGUAGAAGGAGGUGGAGCUCAGAUCAACCUCAUCACUCACCUGUGUGUGUGUGUGUGUGUGUGUGUGUGUGUGUGUGUGUGUGUGUGUGUGCAGGAGUUCACACAGUACAGUGGAUGUACGGCUGUGAGCUGGAUGAUGACGGCACCACUAGAGGAUACGAUCAGCACGGUUAUGAUGGAGAAGAUUUCAUCAGUUUUGAUCUGAAAGCUCUCACCUGGACUGCAGCUAAACCUCAAGCUGUGAUCACCAAACACAAGUGGGAGUCGACAGGAGCUAAGGCUAAUAAUGACAAAAACUACCUGGAGAACGAGUGUAUCGAGUGGAUAAAGAAGUACGUGUCUUACGGCAGAGAGACUCUGGAGAGGAAAGUUCGUCCCAAGGUGUCAGUGUUCCACAAACGCUCUCCUCCUCCAGAGGUGGUGUGUCACGCUACAGGUUUCUUCCCCAAAGCAGUGAUGAUCACCUGGCAGAAGGACGGAGCGGACCUGAUUGAGGACGUGGAGCUCACAGAGACGUUACCCAACCAGGAUGGAAGCUUCCAGAAGAGGAGCAUUCUGAAAGUCCCAGCUGAGGAGCUGCAGAAACACAAAUACACCUGCGUGGUUCAGCACAGCAGCUUGGGGGAGGAGAAGAUAGUCCUAGAAGUACCGAAAGGUGGAGGAUGGACUGCUAUCGUCAUUGGUGUCCUUGUGGCUCUCGUCGCUCUCGUCGCUGUUGUCGCUGCUGUUGUCUUCUGGAAGAAGAGGAACUCUGGAUUCAAACCUGUUCCCCCCAAACCCUCCUCUGAAGGAGAUUCUUCCUCCAACAACUCUUAAACUGUGGCUGUGUGUCUUCCUGCUGGAGUGAGAGAGAGAGAGGAGGAGAUGGAGAUGAGGAACACACACACACACACACACACACACACGUGACUCCAGUGGGUAAUCUGCUCUCAGUGUGGGAUUUUUAUUUUAUGGCUUUUUAUUGUGAAUCUGUUAUUGCUGUAAAAUGGGAUUAUUAGAUUGUUCGGGUUUUUUCGGUGUAAAUUCUCAUAAUUUGUGUUUGGGUUAGAUGUGAGUGUGUACGAGCUUCUUUCCUCUGUUCAUUUAUCCCCUGAUUUACUGCAGAAUUUAAUCCCGUCAUAACGUCAGGACACGACAGGUUUGAUUUCCGUCUUUGACCUUUUAAUCCAGAGCGAUUUUCCUCAGCAGCUGUUUGUGGAGCUGAUUUGUGCGUCUCAGACAGGAAGUGUGUGAAGCUCCAGAUGUGAUGCGUGUUGAACAGAUUUGACUAAAGUGUAAAAGAUGAGGAGUGACGCAGCAGAAGCAGGAGUUCAUGCUGGAUGAUCAGCGCUCAAAGCUUUUAUUUUCUCCACAAGUGGAAAACACAAAGCAGCUAAAUGACAUGGCACUGAUUCCAUUAUUGAUUAUUUAACUCCAUUUAAAGCAAAAAACAAUCCGUUCAACACGCUGACGCAUCUGUACGACCUGAAUCUCUCCCACAAUCCCUCUGUUCUGUCUGUGGAACUCUGAGUGAAUAAUAAAGUGUAUUUUCUUCA